GCAGGUAGACGACGUGCACGAGGUUGUGAACGUCGACAGACUUGAGAAUGGGGGAGAGGCCGGGUAGGAGAGAGGAGGAGGGGGAGGGGGAGGAGGAGGAGGAGGAGGAGGAGGAGGAGGAGGAGGAGGAGGAGGAGGAGGAGGAGGAGGAGGAGGAGGAGGAGGAGGAGGAGGAGGAGGAGGAGGAGGAGGAGGAGGAGGAGGAGGAGGAGGAGUUGGUGGUGACAGUAUCGAAUGUGCCAGUGAGGCUGGCCUCUAUGGUCCAUCGCACCAUGGCUGUGCCUGAAGGGGGGAUGCUGCCGAUCUGGGGGCGGGAAGGGAGAGAGGAGAGAGAAGGCGGGGUUGGGGGCAAGGAUAGUGAGUGAGAGGUGUGCGGCCUAGUAGU